CCAGGGAGGCGCUGCUGCUGGGCUGGUGUUAGGGGUGAUUUUCUGUGCACCCCGUUGUUGGAGCGAUGUGGGAGGAGCGGGGUGUCAGCUGGAAGGGAUGAUGGAGCUGGAAGACACCGGCUUUCCUUCCCUCGUCGCCGGCUAGCAGAGCUACUGCAGCGGGGCACCUGCAUCUCCGCUCCACAGUCUGCAGCGGAGAGGAAGACAGGAGCCCAUCAUUGAUGUACCCGGGGAGGAGACAGCUCGGUCUAGGGGGGCAUCCAAGACACAGGUGGGGCACUGUGGUAUCGCCAGCCUCAGGGGCAAGGGGGUGAUGAGCUGUGAUAUAAGAGGGCUGGGGGAGACACACUGCAAUACAGGGUUCUAGGCUGACACAUUGUAACGAAGAGGAUGUCAUCAGAGCUUUACCAUGUAAUGCAGGGGAGAAAGGGUGUAGUAUUGGGUUCAGUCAUAUAGAAGGGUAAUGGGGGGGUCAGGUCCAGGGGGUCUCUAAGGAAGAAAUCCAUAACCACAGGCAUCGCCAGAGACCACGAGAGAGGCCCAUCCGGUGGAGAACAGGUGGUGUUACAUACUUGCGUGGACGUUCUUAAUGGUUGGUGACUUCUUUGAGGAAAGUCCUGACUUCUUGACCUGGUCCAUACAUUUCCAUGUAGUGACUUGAUUGGGAAACCUCUUCCUGGCUGUGAUAAAGAUGCUUCAAGCUGGACAUUACACGUAGCCUUCAUGCAUAUGGUUACCCUCCCAUUUUCAUUUUUGAUGUAAACUCGUGGAUCCACUCCUGUGCAGUCUCUCCCCCCCCCCCCACCUGUUUGCCUUCGUUGGAUUUGUCAGCAUUUAUAGCCCUCCAGGGUGCCUUCUUUUCCUGGUGUAUAUUUUGUGACAUAAAGCUGCCAAGAUGAUGUGCGAAGUGAUGCCCACCAUUAACGAGGACAACCGUCGGGGUUCAACCUACAGCUCCGACGAUGCCAACUUUGAGCAGCUUAUGGUAAACAUGUUAAAUGAGAGGGAGAGGUUGCUUGAGACUCUGCGAGAGACUCAGGAGAGCCUGGCCACUGCACAGCUACGUCUGAGAGAAUUGGGUCAUGAGAAGGAAUCUCUUCAAAGGCAGCUUAACAUCGCCCUUCCACAGGAAUUCGCAGCCCUCACUAAGGAGUUGAACUUGUGUCGCGAGCAACUUCUGGAGAGAGAAGAAGAGAUUGCGGAACUGAAAGCAGAAAGAAACAACACUCGGCUGCUGUUGGAACACUUGGAAUGUUUGGUGUCCAGACACGAGCGCUCACUGAGGAUGACUGUGGUGAAGAGGCAGGCACAAUCACCAGCCGGUGUCUCCAGUGAGGUAGAAGUGUUGAAAGCUCUAAAGUCCCUCUUUGAGCAUCACAAGGCUCUUGAUGAAAAGGUUCGAGAGCGCCUUCGAGUGGCCCUUGAAAGGGUAGCAGUGCUGGAGGAAGAGCUGGAAAUGUCCAGUCAGGAGUCUCUUUCACUACGAGAACAGCUUGCAAGGAGGAGGUCAGGAAUCGAUGAUGGCAGUAAAGAUGGAGACUCUACCAUCCUGAAUGGCUCCACGCACCAUGAGCUUAGAGUGGGGCGGGAAACUGAGCUGGAAGAGAUGUUGGAGAAACAAAGGUUAGAACUAUGUCAACUGAAGGAACGCUUGACCAUGAUGUGCCGCCAAAUGGCCGAACUGGAGGAAGAGUUAAACACUGCACAAAAAGAUCUUAUAAAAUCCGAGGAAGUCAGCGCCAAACUACAGCGUGACGUUAAAGAGGCUCUGGCACAAAGGGAAGAUAUGGAAGAACGGAUCACUACCUUAGAGAAACGCUACCUGAGUGCACAGAGAGAAGCCACUUCACUCCAUGAUGUCAAUGAUAAGUUAGAGAAUGAACUUGCCAGUAAAGAAUCCCUCUAUAGACAGAGCGAAGAGAAGAACCGGCAGCUGCAGGAGUGGCUGGAAGAUGCCAAGCAGAAAUUGCAGCAGACCCUUCAGAAGGCGGAGACUUUACCAGAGAUUGAGGCUCAGCUGGCGCAGCGAGUGGCGGCUCUCAGCAAGGCAGAGGAGAGACAUGGGAAUUUUGAAGAGAGGCUUCGUCAACUUGAAGCCCAGCUGGAGGAGAAGAACCAGGAACUACAAAGGGCCCGUCAAAGGGAGAAAAUGAACGAUGAACACAAUAAGCGUCUGUCGGAUACUGUCGAUAAACUCCUGUCUGAAUCAAACGAAAGACUGCAGUUGCAUCUUAAGGAGAGGAUGGGAGCCCUGGAGGAGAAGAACACUCUCUCAGAGGAGAUAGCUAACAUGAAAAAGCUGCAGGAGGAGCUUCUUCUCAAUAAGGAGCAACUAGUGGCUGAGAUUGACCGUAUGCAGCUAGAGAUAGACCAGCUGAGAGGGCGACCUUCGUCCACAUACUCCAGAUCUCUCCCUGGCAGUGCCCUAGAGCUCCGCUACUCCCAGGCACCAACCCUACCCAUGGGCAGCCACAUGGAUCACUACAGCAGCACAGCCGUGAUUAGGCGGCCGAAAAAGGGUCGUUGGGCGGCAUUGAAAGACGAUCCCACAAAGAUUCGAACACUGGACGAACAGGACUGGGAGCGGGCACAGCAAGCCAAUGUACUGGCCAAUGUGGCACAAGCAUUUGAAAGUGACAUGGACUGCUCAGAUGAAGACGAUAGGGAAACCAUCUUUAGCUCCGCGGACUUGCUGUCUCCUAGCGGCCAGACGGAUGUGCAAACACUGGCUAUCAUGUUACAGGAGCAGCUAGAAGCGAUCAACAAAGAGAUCAAGUUAAUACAGGAGGAGAAGGAGACCACCGAGCUACGAGCUGAGGAGAUAGAGAGCCGAGUCACUAGUGGUACUCUUGAUGGAUCCCUUGGACGUUAUCGCUCAGCCAGUUCCAUCCCAACAUCAGUAACCACUUCUACACUGGCCAGUCCUUCCCCGCCCAGUAGUGGGCACUCCACCCCACGCAUCACCCCUCACAGCCCGGCCAGAGAGGGAGAGAAAUUUAAUCAUGUCCCUAAAGAAGACAGCAGAGAUGAAAAGUCAUUAAUGCAAUGUGAGACAACCCCUCCCUUGACCCCUCGCGCUGUACGACUGGAAAGAAUGACCCAGGCACUUGCUCUACAAUCCAGCUCCUUGGAGGAUGGAAGAGAAUCCAGAGCAAGCCUGGGCGCGGAUGGCCUUGGAGGCACCAAUAGCACCAGCCAGGACUCUCUGCAUAAAGCUGCUAAAAAGAAAAGCAUCAAGUCCUCAAUAGGGCGUUUGUUUGGCAAGAAGGAGAAGGGCCGUAUGGGACAGAUGGGCCGAGAAUCCUCAUCUCUUGCUGGAACUCCAUCUGAGGAGACCUCACCUGCCGAUCCUAUGGGCUUGUCCAAGCUGGCUGGACCUGUGGACAAAGACCGCAGAAACAAGAAGAAGCAUGAGCUUCUGGAAGAAGCUUGUAGACAAGGACUUCCAUUUGCUGCUUGGGAUGGACCCACUGUUGUUUCUUGGCUGGAGUUGUGGGUUGGUAUGCCAGCGUGGUACGUGGCUGCAUGCCGUGCCAAUGUGAAGAGUGGGGCCAUCAUGGCUAACUUGUCUGAUACAGAAAUCCAGCGUGAGAUUGGUAUCAGCAACCCUCUACAUCGUCUGAAGCUACGCCUUGCCAUCCAGGAGAUGGUCUCUCUUACGAGUCCUUCGGCACCAGCCACGUCACGCACGUCAACAGGAAAUGUAUGGAUGACCCAUGAAGAAAUGGAAACUUUAACUGCCACUACUAAACCCAUCCUGGCAUAUGGGGACAUGAAUCACGAGUGGGUUGGUAAUGACUGGCUGCCUAGUCUUGGUUUGCCCCAGUAUCGUAGCUACUUCAUGGAGUCCUUAGUCGAUGCUAGAAUGUUAGACCACCUGAACAAAAAGGAGCUUCGAGGACAACUGAAAAUGGUAGAUAGUUUCCAUAGGGUUAGCCUUCAUUAUGGUAUCAUGUGCCUGAAGAGAUUAAACUAUGACCGUAAAGAACUGGAGAGAAGACGAGAAGAAAGCCAAAACCAACUUAAAGAUGUCAUGGUGUGGUCCAAUGAACGGGUAAUGUGCUGGGUGCAGUCUUUGGGGCUGAAGGAGUAUGCCAAUAACUUGCAUGAAAGUGGAGUCCAUGGAGCCCUCGUUGCAUUAGAUGACACAUUCGACUGUAAUGACCUGGCACUGCUGCUACAGAUCCCAACGCAGAACACGCAGGCUCGGCAAGUGCUGGAAAAGGAGUACAGCAAUCUCAUCACCAUGGGGACGGAGCGGAGACUCGAUGAGGAUAGUGCCAAGACAUUCAGCCGGUCCCCCUCUUGGAGAAAGAUGUUCCGUGAAAAGGAUCUACGAGGAGUUAGUCCGGAUUCAGCCGAAAUGUUGCCGGCAAACUUCCGGACUGCCGCUGUCUCCUCCAUUACUUCACCUGCCGUGCAGCUACGGAAGAUGCAGUCUGAAGGAAGUCCCUCCAGCAGCCAGCGAGCAGACGUCUCAGUCAGAACCUAUUCCUGUUAAUGCCGUCUUAAUGCGGUAACAUUAUUAGGGCAAUAAGUUCACUGAGGGCACUUUUUUGACAUUCACUCACUUCGCCAAAGGGGCUUGGCCAAUCUGAAUAUCAUACCCCUCCAACCAAGGCACUUUCUGCACACCUAGACACUGCUCGCUGUGUCAUAUAGGGGAAUACAGAUGUGAACUGAACACAGAAAAGCCCUGCAGAACAUUUAAGACAUUUUACAUCCUCAUGUUCUGUCUGUGGAUCCAGGAAAUAAUCCGUCGUACAGGUGGAAUCAAGGGAGCAUGCACUGGAAACUCAUCUUCAUUAUUUCAAUUAUUUUCCAGUCCAUUGAGUGCUGGUGGGUUGUUGCAGACCCUUUCAACAUUGAGGAGGUUUUGGUCAAGAAGAAACUCUCUUAAAUAUAAAACCUUGGGUGGGACCAAAGGGGAAUUGGUGAAUAGUUAAUAUGUGACUUAGACUUUGUGUUUUGUUUUAUGUUGGGUUCAUCUUGAGCUAUGCAGAUUGCAGUCCAUUCCCGCUCAAAAAAAAAUCAAAUUUGACUGAAGACUCAGUACAAAGCCAUGUUAUACCCGGUGUGUUGGAUUUAAAAAAAAAAAAAAGUCCUAGAUGAGAUGAGACUUUCCCUGGAUGGACGUGGUGCAGAAGAACCUUUAACUGAUACCACCAGAACAUCUCUAGGCUCUUUCCAUUUAUUCAAGUCCCACCAACUUCUCGUGGCCAUGACAAUGCCAAUACAGCAUGGCAACAAUUUUGAUCGUACUGUCAUAAAUAUUAUUUUUUUUUAUUUAUUAUUAUUUAUUUGUCAUUUUACUUUUCACUGCCAGUCAACAUAGCACUGCACAAGGUAGACGAUGUGCACACAACCGUCUCGUGUUCUAAAGAGCUCGGCAGUUUUUCUUUUGGUACUCGUAACAAACUCAAGAACGUGCGUUCUACAAGCUGGGAUUCCCGCUUCCGUAAAACAACUAGAAGUUGGUAACCUUACUAGUUUUACAACUUUUCUUUUCUUUUGUAGGGUCUACAGAUUCUUGUUUACAGGUGAAAAAAAGAGCCAGUUACAUUGAGUGUUUUUUUCAUCUUGUAUGCUAUCUUGUGGGUCUGUAAGUGCUCGAUAUAUUUGCGACAUUACAGGUUUAUGUGAAACUAAUAUGCCCUCCUUAUUUCUGUGCCAUUUCCAAAUGGGUCAGUAAAACGGCUGUUUCACCGUAGAGCACACUACAAAAACUUUGGCUCUCUAGCUGUUGUCGCAAGGGGUUUUACAACAGCUGGAGACCCAUGGGCUGCUGCUAACCCUUUCCCCUAUUGUGUAAAACAUAUCAAUUCAAAUAUCUCAGACUGCUCUGUUGGAUAACUCUUGAAGUGGACAAAUGCCUUAAGUCAUUAAUCAGUUCUUAGGAGGACAUUUACAAAAGUUACAUUACAGUUUAUUUAUUUCAUACCAGGUAUGUCAUAUUGUUCUACUGUCUCCGGUAUUUUACGUAUCAAAUCAGAAGACCUCCUCCCAUAGGGGGACAAGAGGCAGAAUAUUUGGCCCAUGUCCCAUUAUAUAAGUAGAUACUUUAUGGUUACUUCAUAAACUUGUGUCUUUUUUUGUGUUAUGACUGUGCCAAAUAGGGAUGAAAUUAUGAUGGCAAAUGAGGUUGCACCUCAUCACUUCUCUGUGGUGGACAUAUUAACAGUAUAUUAUUAAUUACAUGCUAUAGCCUACAACCAUGGAAGAAGAGAUUAUACAUUUUAGAAAAGCUCCAGGCAGAUGUGAGAUACCGUUGAGAUGCCUCAAGGGUCAUUGUGUUCAGUGGCAGUAAAAAUGGCAGCUAAAGAGGAAAGCCACAGAUCGGCCGUUCGGCCCAUCACUUGAGUAAGAGGUCUGUACUUAUGUAUCAUAGCAGUGCCUGGAUGAUGUUAUACAGAAGCUUUUUACUUUACAGAGGAAUAUAUUCUAUAGGGAAGUGCCUUGAUGACCCAUUAAAUGUUCUAGAAAGGCAGCUGCUUGUCAAUGAGAUGUCGGGGCCUUUCCUGUUUUUUUUUUGUUUGUUUUUUCAAAAGGUUGCUCUCUGGUCGUGAAAAGGUUAAAGUUCUGCUUUGACCAUCGGGUUGUAGCUAAUGAUCUGUGCUGGUUGUCUGCAUGAUGUGAUUCAACAUGGUACAUGUGCUUGACGGGGAAGUCCAUCUAAAAUCCAUAUUCUAGACAUGUCAGAAGAUGAUGUGAAUAGACAUCCAUGGUCUCAGACCCCCCCCAUCCACCCAGACACAGCAUCUGGCACAGAGCGCUGCAGAAUUUAUGUUGCGUUAGGGAUUUCGAGUUCUAGAAAGACGUUACCAUGCCCAGCUCCUUUGUUUUAGAAAAUUUUAAGGCUCUUGGGAUCCCACUGUUUUUAGGUGAAUUUGGAUGGAUUUCUUAUUCAUAACAUUUAGCUUCAGAUCGAUAAGACCAUUUUCAUCUUUUUGGAAG